UUUAAGGACUUGAUUUCUGGUUGUCAGUCCAAGGUUCGAAUAUUAUUCACACAUAUCGAAUCGACCAAAGCAAUGAUAAGUUAUGGGGUGUGUCUUUUCUGUGUUUCAGGAGGUUGUUUUGACACGGUUUCCAGGAAAAGAAGGAUCUAUGCUUGGUGGCAAAACACGAAGUAAAGAGGUUUUGGUGCAGACAACUCCGACAAACACAAUAAACACUGUGGCCAAAGACAGUCAGAGAACCCCUGGUCAUGAAAUAACCUCCCUUGAGGAAGCUGUUGAGUCCCAAAAUACCGACCUAUUGCAAAAGAUAAUCAGCCAGGGUGUGGACGUGCAGGUUCUGCACACCCAAGACAAACACUACAUCAGUCCUGUUGAGAAAGCCUGCAUUCUCGGAUACACUGAUAUCGUGAAAAUCUUCCUCGACAAUGGAUGCAGUCCAAAUCUUCCAACCAGCUGUGGACGGCUGAUCCACUCGGUGCUAGAGGCAAUGAAAACUAACGCCAUCACCGCCGCCGAUGGCCGACAGCUUGUUUCUCUUCUCUGUCGUUCUGGAUGCGAUGUCAACAUCAAGAAUAAGCAGACGGCUACGACACUGCUGCAGGCAGCUGAGCUGGGAGACCGAGCCAUUCUAGAGAUGAUCCUGUCAAUCUGUAGAGAAGUUCAGCUCACGAAGCAGUGUGGUGGAAGUCUGUUCAGUCCACUGCACAUGUCGUGCAUGCGUGGAGAUCUCGACUGUGUCCAGCUUCUGUUGAAACACUCUGCCGGCAAGCACGUCAAUUUGUGCGACGCUAACAGAAACACUGCGCUGCUUUUAGCAUUGAAGUCGAUGCUUCAUAACCUAAAGUAUCUGAAUGCAGCUCGCAUAGACAUAGACCACAACAUGACUAAUCAAAAGGACAAGGAUUCGGUUCGCUUUAAACUGUUGAAGUUGCAGUACAACUCUAUCGGAAUUGUGGAAGCGUUACUUCUGGCAGGAGCUGAUCCUAAUUGUAUAGGUUAUCUGAGAACUUCCAGUUAUGCUAGGCAGGCAGAAUUUUUAGAAUCGUCUCUUUAUUUCGCUUUACAGUUGUGUGCCCUUGAUCGGACCGGGGGUUUCCAGGAUUCUCAGCCAUGUGACGAAUAUACACAGACUAUGAAACUGCUUAGCUUGGAGAGUCUUCAGGGAGUAGAAAGAUGGACGGGUGGGGUUACAAAUUUCCCUAUGGUGAAGGAUGAAGCAGUUCCCUCCCCUUACACAGGUGUGGUAAGACUCAUUGUUCUGUCAGGAUUCGACUUGGAUUUCGUAUCCCAGGCUGAAAUAGUCGUGGCUCUGAAACCUCAUCAUGCAGAUACUUUGUUGCUAGAUGAGAUCUAUGAGUUCUGGAACAAGUACAAGCUGCAGAAACCUCCGAAGCUUAUGCACCUGUCAAAACAAGUUAUUCGUAUUCAUCUGUCCCACCUCCAAGGUUUACACAGAAUCGAUGAGCUUCCACUGCCGUACAGAGUGAAAGAAUAUCUAAAGCUGAAUUAUUUAUAGGUGUAUCUCUGGUGGUUUCUUUAAAAGUGUUUGCCAUGUACAGUCGACUAUUGGCAAAAUUGUAAAUUAUUAGAACAGGUGAUAAAUGCAUGUUUUCAGCUAAAACUUUACAUUAUAAAUAAAAAAUUGUUUUUGUUUUUAA